UCUCUCUCGCGGAAGCUGACUACAGCGAGCGCGCGCCCUUCACGCACACAUCCUCCUCCGCCUGCCAUCAGCUCCGAUCAGCUCCGCAAACCGCCUCACGCACCGCAGAAGGACGCAGAGACAUUUCUCUCUCUCUCUCUCUCAGUCUCUCACACCUGAUAUCAUGGCCUCAGUCCUGGAGAAACUCAUCACCUCCGUGAGCAGCGGUCCUGCUGACCCACCCACCAGCAAGGUGACUGUGGUGGGAGUGGGGCAAGUGGGCAUGGCCUGCGCUGUCAGCAUCCUGCUGAAGGACUUGUGUGACGAGCUGGCGCUGGUCGAUGUGCUGGAGGACAAGCUGAAAGGAGAGAUGAUGGACCUGCAGCAUGGCAGCCUCUUCCUCAAGACCCAUAAGAUCAUCGCUGAUAAGGACUACUCUGUGACGGCGAACUCGCGCAUCGUGGUGGUGACGGCUGGCGUUCGUCAGCAGGAGGGCGAAAGCCGCCUCAACCUGGUGCAGAGGAACGUCAACAUCUUCAAGCACAUCAUCCCUCAGAUCGUCAAACACAGUCCCAACUGCAUCCUCGUCGUCGUCUCCAACCCGGUGGACAUCAUGACUUACGUGACUUGGAAGCUCAGCGGCCUUCCCAAGCACCGCGUCAUCGGCAGCGGCACCAACCUGGACUCGGCCCGUUUCCGCUUCAUCAUGGCCGAGAAGCUGGGCAUCCACGCAAGCAGCUUCAACGGCUACAUCCUGGGAGAGCACGGAGACUCCAGCGUGCCUGUAUGGAGCGGCGCUAACGUCGCCGGAGUGAACCUGCAGAAGCUCAACCCGGCCAUCGGGACGGAUCAGGACAGCGAGAACUGGAAGGAGGCUCACAAGCUGGUGGUGGACAGUGCCUACGAGGUGAUUAAGCUGAAGGGUUACACUAACUGGGCCAUCGGAAUGAGCGUCGCUGAUCUGACCGAGAGCCUGGUGAAGAACCUGAGCAGAGUUCAUCCUGUCUCCACCAUGGUCAAGGGCAUGUACGGGAUCGGUGAGGAGGUGUAUCUCAGCCUGCCCUGCGUCCUGAACUCCAGCGGCGUGACCAGCGUGAUCAACAUGACCCUGACUGACGGUGAGGUGGGGCAGAUCAGGAAGAGCGCCGACACUCUGUGGAACAUCCAGAAAGAUCUGAAGGACCUGUGAAGUCAUCCUGUAGUGGCCACACACACAUUCGCACACACACACACACACUCCACCCAUAUCAUACACAUGCUUCUAACCCCUCCACUUAACACACGCAUCCUCCGUAGGUGUAAAACGUGGAUCUAUUUUUGUGUCUUGGUCAUUUUUUUUCUUUUUUGCUUUUGUCGUUUGAAAGAUCAAGCUCCAGAAUCCUUUCUUUUCUUUUCUCCUGAGGUGUGAAUAAAAUGUUGUAAGAUCAGUUUUUUCACAAAUAUAGUAGGAGCGAAGGGGUUUUGUGGUGUUUCUGUCGACAGGAGCCAGACUGAAAUAUAGAGAUAUAUUUCCCUAAAACAAACAAAUCAAACGUGUUUAAAAUGAGACGCAAUAAAUCAUUAAUUAAAUCCCACUCAUGAAUGUU